AACUGUAAUUUGUAUUUGUUUCUCUUAUCUUCUCAUUUUGUGUGUUAUGUUUAUUAUUAUCAUUGUGUAGUUAUGACAAGAUAGUAAUGAUCAUGUAAUUAAAUGCACGCAAUCGUCGAUUUAAAACCAUUUAAAUCCGGAGGCAAUAUGGAACAAUUUUUGAGUAACAAUAAAGUUUACAAAACAGAAACUGAACAAAAAAUAUUCAAAGAGUUUUUAAGAACUAAAGAUCACAUUUAUUUGGAUAAUGCUGGUGCUGCCUUAUAUUCUGAAAAUCAAAUAAAAAAUGUGUACUCUGAAUUAUCUUCCAAUAUUUUUGCCAAUCCUCAUGCAAAAAACACUUUUAGUAAAACCACACAGGACUCGGUGGAUAUUACAAGACACCUGAUUUUACAGCACUUCAACACUAAUUCUGACGAAUACUCUGUAAUUUUCACAUCAGGGGCUACACAAUCAAUAAAAUUGGUGGCAGAGCAUUUUAACUAUGAAGAAAAUGGUUUACUUGCUCAUUUACAAAAUAAUCACACAUCUGUUUUGGGUAUGAGAGCAUAUGUUAAAAAAAGCAUAGAAAUUAAUGAUUCUGAAGCUUUCAAUAUUUUUUCAAAUACCGAAUUUAAAAUAGAAAAUAAACAUGAAUACAACUGUCUUUUUGUAUACCCAGCACAGUCAAACUUUUGUGGAACCAAAUACCCUUUGGAGUGGAUCCAAAGUGUUAAAUCUGGUGCUUUAAAUAACAUUACAAAUAGUAAUCCUAAGGAUUGGUUAGUUUUGCUUGAUUGUGCAACAUUUUUAAGUACGAAUAAAUUUGAUUUAUCAAAAUACAAACCAGAUUUUGUGCCAAUGUCUUUUUAUAAAAUGUUUGGCUUUCCUACUGGUUUAGGGGCACUACUUGUACAUACAUCUGCUGAAAAAUUCUUAAAUUUCAAGUAUUUAGGAGGAGGAACAGUUUUAAUGGCAUUAAGCUCCAAAAAUGUUAUGAUUCCCAGAGUAAAUUUACAUGAAAGAUUUGAAGCCGGCACUUUACCGUAUUUGUCUAUCUUGGCUAUAAGACAUGGUUUUGAGACAUUUAAAAGACUAAAUUUAAGUUGGGAAUUAAUAUCUUCCCAUACUUUUUCCUUAGCACAGUAUGUGUAUAAAAAUUUAUUGGUAAUGCAUCACUCUAAUGGUCAACCUUUGGCAAAAUUAUAUCACAGUACAAUUUUUGAGCAUGAGAGCACUCAGGGUGGUAUUAUCAACUUUAAUUUACUAAGGUGCACUGGAGAAUAUAUUGGAUAUUCAGAGGUUUUACACUUUGCAAACUUAAAUGGAAUUUAUCUUAGAACCGGUUGUGUUUGCAAUCCGGGUGCUUGUCAAAAAUACCUUAAUUUGUCCGUUGAGGAAGUCAAAAAGCAUUUUGAAGCUGGUCAUAUUUGUGGUGACCAACACGAUUUAAUAAAUGGGUACCCAACGGGGGCUGUUAGAAUAUCUUUUGGUUAUUAUUCUACUAAAGAACAUGCUGAUAAAUUUUUGGGUAUGAUUAAAAAUUGUUUUGUAUCUGAACCGAUUGUUAUUAAAAUACCUGAUACAUAUGAAGUUUUGAAAAGUUCUUAUGAAAAAAAGUUUAACCUUAUUAAAAAUGGUACUUGUGUAAAAGAAAAUAGUACAAUUAAACAAGAGCCUAUUAUAUUAUUCAAUAUUACAUCAGGAAAAACGCAAAAUAAUUUAUUAGACAACAAAGGAGUAUUAAAAAAAAUAUUCCUGUUUCCUAUUAAAUCGUGUGGAGCUUGUUCGGUGAAUGAUAAUUGGGAAUUAACAGCUACUGGUUUAAAGUAUGAUAGGCAAUGGAUGAUUGUUAACUCCUCUGGAGUUGCCAUAACUCAAAAACAAAUAAAAAAAAUGUGUAUGAUUAAACCAGUUAUAGAUCUGAAUAAAAACAUAAUGACUCUGCAUUUUAAGGGACAUAAAAGUAUAGAGAUGCUGUUGGAGAAUAAUGUUAGUAAAAAUAUUAAAAAUAAUGCAUACUUGUGCCAAAGCAAAGUGUGUGGUAAUAAAAUACAGGGUUGGGAUUGUGGUGAAACAGUUUCUCAAUGGUUGCAGGAAGUUUUAAACACACCAGAUUUAAGACUUCUUCGGCAAUGCUCAGUAAUAGAAGAAAUAAAUACAAGAACUUCAAAACAAGAUUAUCAGUUAUCUUUAGCAAAUAAAGCUCAAUUUUUGCUUAUAAACUCUGCAAGUAUUAAAUGGUUAAGAGAUAAAGUACCAAACGAACAUUUUUCUGAAGAUAUAGAUAGUACCAUUCAUAGAUUUAGAGCUAAUUUUGUGGUUGAUUUUAAACACGCCUUUCAAGAAAAAAACUACAAGGAAUUUUUAAUUGAUAAUAUUAAAUUUAUGUCUGGAAAGGAAUGCACAAGGUGUCAAAUGAUUUGCAUAGACCAAUCAACUGGGGAUAUUUCCAAAGAACCAUUAGCUUCAUUAUCCAGAGAAUUAAAAGGAAAAAUUUCUUUUGGAAUGUACUUAAAUAGAGACACACAAGAAAAUACGUCUAUAAGCAUAGGUUCUGAUAUUGAAGGUUUGAUGUAAUUUAUUAAUUUUAUAGAAUUUUUUAUUAAAAAUAUAUACAUAUAUGUAUACCUAUACCCAUAUGUAUUUAAUUUAUUA